GGUCGAUGUGUGUGCGUGCGCGUGUGUCCGUAUGUGUGUAGUUACAGGGCGGCAAGGGUCGUCGCGACGUUCGCGUCGGCGUCGCUCAGUUGACAUCGAACCUUGCGAGCGGGCGGACACACCGCCGCGAACAUUCUGGCAGCGCGUCGUUUAACGAAAAUUUUUAUUUUCGUGGUUCGUUUCACGUCAUUGUAAUUACCGAUAACGACCUGCGAAGCGAGGUUAACCGCCCGGGUGGAACCACGCCGUAGAAGUACUUCGCUUCGUUCGCCUCUUUUUCUUCGGUUGGUUUUCGUCGAAACAAUCGAGAUCCAGAGUCGACGAAGUUUCAUCCGAACGAACGAAAAGAAAAAGUUCGACGUAACAACGAAGGGAGAAAAAGGAUGUAACGUGUCCGUGUGUGUGUCGUCAACCACUGCGAGAGCUGCUCCGUAAUCCGUAUGAAAUGAGGAGAAAUUAGGGUGAAUACGAGUCAAGAUUGAGCUUGGCUUAGAACAAAAAAAACACCUCACCGACUCCCCAAUUUCGCGAGCGCUAUUCGUUCGCACGGUAGCUCUCCGGUAUUUCAUCCCCCUACCGAAAGUACGGAGUACCGUGACUCGAACGGUACGGUUUUGCCACAGCGAAUAUAUUUUCGUACGCGUGGGGUGAAAACCGAACUUCCAAUACCACGGCGCUGACAAUGACGACGACCACGCGUUAUACUUCCAACUCUAGCGUACGCCAGGCGCGCUCUUUUUAUGCCCGGAUAGUUCGAAUUCAUGCGACGAUCGAAUGGCGAGGCGACGAAAAAAAGGAUCGAGAAAAUGUCUUUUCGAUGCGGUAUCCCCCCCCCCGACCAUCCGCACGUGUGUUCGCCACCCCAUUCUUCAUACCUACGCUUCGAGCAGCCCGCUAACCCCGUAAAAUUAAUUUACCGUCGUGUGCGCCCAUCAAGGGAAUAUCCUCGGGUUACAAAUGGUUCGAAAGAGCUGCACUUCAUCUUCGUUAGGGUAUAUCUGAUUGUACGUCGGGUCGUGGCAGCGAUGUGGUGGAAUUCGGUGUCGUCCCGUUCUACCCUUGCGCGGUGUAAAUUUUGCCCCGUACGACAAAGCUCCGGGUCGAUUAAUUACGGAAUUUACAAAUAAUCGUCGCGUAUCGGCAGGUGUCUGAAAAAAAAAAAAAAAAAACGGCGCAACAGAUGCGACCAACGGAAUCUGGACCUCGAGCGUCUGCUGUAGGAAAAAUUCUUCUUUUUCUCUUUGGCAAUUUGUAAUCGAACCGCGAUCGGGACAUUCCGAGUAGGAAAAAUCGGAAGAAUGUCGAUGGUUUUCUCACGGACGCCGCCGACACGGUACAAAUCCGCGAACGGACGAAACAAUCAUUUCCUAUCUAUCGUCCGAUCGGACUACGGGGGUUGGAUUAAUCGAGCGCGCGCUGUCGUAGCUCAGCGAUGAGCAACACGUAAUAUUCCUCUACGACUGUUUUCGAAUCUAUCCGUCGGAGGGGGAAAUAAUGUUUUAUAGGAAUAGCAAAUACGAGCGUUGUGACAGUUGGAAUGAAAUUACCUCGAUUGAAUCGAAUAGUGGAGCGCUCACAGGUUUCGUAUACAUAUAUAUAUAUAUAUCUUCGUUUGACAAGGUAUACAUAAAAUUAUUCGAAAGCGCUCACAAGUAAAAGCGACGCCGCUACGUUCUCGCUCGCGAAAAGUACAAAUAUUGAUUUACAAAGAAAAAAAACAAGAUAUUUCGUUGCAGCUGUGUGUGUUUUUUACAACCAGACAUCCGUUUCGUAUAAAACACGCGUAUGGUUCGACGUAUCGUACCAGGUAUGAAAAACGACGAGGAAUCACCCGUGGUUUCCGUCGAAACGAACGAGAGAACUUUAUCGUCGGUUAUUUUUUCGAGACCGGCGAGAUACGAUACACGAAUCGGUUAUGACGUGCAAAUGAAAUUCGAACGACACCCCGAUAAAAAAUUGGACAUUCCUUGGUAACGACCGGGCGGGGUAGCUACCUCUUUAUUUUCCCCAACGAACGUAACUAGCUAUCGAAACUCGCGAUCGCCCACGGCGAACGAAUGAAAAUUUUCAACCGGAGUCGAGCCGGUGCGCAUCGGUGAUUUUUUUUUCUCACCUGCAGUUCAAUUAAGGGAAAAUCAACAAGCCGAGUCCACGAUUGGAUCAACGGCUUGUGUAAAUUGAGCUUCGCUUAGCGAGAAAAAGCAGCGACUGGGUCGAUACGCAUCGAGGCGUCCCGCGAGUCCUGAUUCUUGACUCCGACCUCGGGGAAGGCGAUCCUCGCGCACUUCAAGGCCUCGUACACUUCGACCUACUAACCGUCCGAACUUGUGGAGCUCGAAUCGAAGCUGAAGAAAUCGCUAGCGGCGGCCGGGCGGAUCGGUUUCAAUAAUCAAUAAUCGAUAAUUACGAUCGUAGGCGAAAAUAUUUCAACGAUCGUACGCCUCGUGGCGGAUAACGUUCGUCGGGGAUUAUCAUCGCCCAUUGUCCAGGUACCUUUCGGAAGACCCUCUCUCGCGUCUCCGCCAAGGUCAUUUGUACGCGACAGAGCGCACGAAUCGUUCGUACGAUCCGGCGAACGUAGUCGCAUUAUCUGUAUAAUGUCUAUCAAAAACAGUUUCUGAGCUGCGCCCCCCCCCCCGUAGUAGUCCUCGGGUAUCGAUUGCUAUUCAUAGACCGUUAGCCAAUUUCAAGUUCGUAUUAAUUUCCCUUCCUACGCGGUACGGACGGGAAACCCGCUCGGCACCCGAACCCUUCCCAAAAUUACGGGGCGUAGGGAAAUCAACCUGAUUGCCGAAUAUCCACGAUCAAAACCAGCUACUGUAGGCUAGACUUCGUCACGUGAGGAGUACGACACCGGUGUCUCGUCGGAUGAGUGAAAUCCGUCGCGGACUUAAAAGUGAUAAAUAAAAACUAAUAAUAACAACAAUUUCGUCGAUUCCGUAAUCGUACAUUGCGAUGUUUCGAAGCGGCGAUAUCCUCGAGGGACUGUGUGCGUGAUUUUUUAUUGUCUGUUGGGUCUCUGCGUGCGUCGCAAGGGUCCGGAAAAUAUGGCCGAAACGACGACGACGACGUCGACGACGACGGAGACGACGACGACGGAGACGGAGACUGGCCGUCUGCAACGUUCGCCGGAAGACCUCGACGUCGAGGAGGAGGGAACCGCCGACCGUGACGUCGACGACGAACUCACCGAAAAUUCGGAACAACAGACGCACCACCUCGCCCAUGACAACAAAAGCGAAUCCAACCCCGCAGGGAUACUCUCCGACGCAUCUUUCAACAGUCAAAGGGUGUUCAAAAAGUCGUCGUCCAAUAACAAACUGACUCUGUACCUGGCGAGCAGAGACCUCGUAGUCAGUGCCGGUAAAAUCGAUCGUCUUCAAGGGGUGCUGCUGGUCGACCCGGACUAUUUGCAGGACAAAAAGAUUUACGGCCAGGUAACCCUGACUUUUCGAUACGGCAGAGAAGACGAGGAGGUAAUGGGCCUGAAGUUUUGCAACGAAGCCGUGAUGUGUCUGGCCCAACUCUACCCUCCGUACCCAGGUGCCGAACACCAGGAGCCCAACACCCCACUUCAGGAGACUCUGAUAAAGAGACUCGGAGCGAACGCGCAUGCCUUCACCAUGGAAGUUACACCCCUGGCACCACCUUCGGUGCAGCUGGUACCCGCGAAGGAAUACAACGGUGCGCCGAUCGGAACGAGCUAUGACGUCAGAGCGUACGUCGCGGAAAAGGCGGACGAAAAAUUGCAUCGAAGAACCAUGGUUCGGAUGGGGAUAAGGGUUGUUCAGAGGAGCUGCCCUCCGCCUCUUCCCGCCACCACGCCGCACAGCAUUCCCACAACGGCCGGUGUUGAUCUGAGUGCGUCGCUCAAGUCGCAGAGGACGAAAGCCAACGAGUCGGCGAGUGACGUAGCCGACGAGGAUCAGGAGCCGACCCCGCCCCACGCGGCCGUGGAAAAACCAUUUUUACUGAGCGACGGGAGGGUCGGAUUGGAAGCCAGACUUGACCGGGCCAUAUACUCCCACGGUGACCCCGUGGUGGUUCACGUGAACGUCAACAACAACAGCAGCAAAUCCGUCAGGAGGAUCAAGGUAUUCGUGGUGCAGCACGUUGACGUGUGCAUGUUCAGCAAUGGAAAAUUCAAGAAUGUUGUGGCACUGGUGUCCUCCCAAGACGGAUGUCCCGUAGGUCCCGGCGGAUCAUUGUCUAAGAGCUACGCGUUGAGACCGAUAAAAGGUUCGACGAAAAACUGGAUCGCCUUAGAGGACAGCUACACGAAAGCGGGGGCAACGCUGGCCUCGACGGUAGUGAGUACCGGAAAUAGCCCGGAAGACAGAAACGUGUUCGCCAUUUACGUGUCUUAUUACGUCAAGGUAAAACUUUUGGUGUCCGCGAUGGGGGGUGAAGUUUCUUUGAAACUUCCGUUCAGUUUAAUGCACAACAAUACGGAUCCGGACCUAAUAGGGCUUCCAUCGCCCAUGAGAGAACCGACGGUGGCUAAGCCGUUGGAAAAAAAUCGAGAGAUCAUCAACCAACAGUCGGAGGGUAAAGACUCGAGUCGGCAGAGUUCGAACGAUUAUCUGCAGUCGAGUCUCAACGAUAAUCCGAAACUGGAACGGGCGUCGAACAAGGGUCAGUUGCUCAGAACAACGGGGAGUCCGAAGAGUAAAGAAAACAUGGGAGACGUCGACCUCAUAGAACGAUGCGAGGAAGACAGGGGGACCUGAGACGAGGUUGGGGUGCGCAAUCAAGAAGAUAUGCCCCGUCAAUCGACCAAGAAUAAUUUUACGAAAAACCUCAAAAAUUCCACGAACAAGAGCUACAAAGAAGGAUUCAGCAUCCACAGAGCUUGGUGCUGUUUCAGACGAGCCUCGUAGUCGAGUCGCGUGAGACCGCGUUGAGCUAACAGAACGUAGGAGGGUGUAGAUGGAACUGUGACUCAUCGGAAACAGUCACCUUAUCAACGUCGAAAUCUUCGCGGAUUUUAUCGUCGGAUGAUAUUCGACAUUUUUACCGUGUAAUUGACUUUGUUCACCCUCCAAACUCUCGCUGGAAUUCAAUCGAGCGACGCAAUAGAUUUUUAUAUUGUACCUGUAUAAGUAUAGGGGGGGCGAAAAAGAAGAGUAAGAGGAAAAGUGAAAAUAAAACUGCCUUGAUGGAGUCAAUGAUAGAAUUACGUAGUGAUACGGAGUAUGCGUGCUAUAGUACAGAUACUUUUAUACUAUCCACGCACAUCCGCGAAUAUUUACACGUAACUAAGUACCUGCGCGUAUUUAGACUGAGGGCUGAAAUCUCAAGCAUUCAUAGGGAUGAAUAUAAUAUCGCAGGUAGACGUCGUCAUUCGUUAUCCUGCAGUUAAAUUGAAAGUAAACCUACAACUUCAUAUAUCUAAAGACGUACGUACAUAAUAGGCACGGUGCUGAUUAAAAUAAGCAACGCACGAACCUAUCGAUUUCGAUGUGAUCGAUUAACUGAGCGGGAAAAAGAAAUGGGGAAAGGGCAUAAGAUCGUCGGGUUCACUGCGUCGAAUUAGCGGGUUAAUAUAAUUGAUUGAUUCCAAGAAAACGAAUAAUUCAAUCUGAAACCCGGAGUCAAUAUCGGAAUGGCCCUCGUUCCAGUCCUAUGAGCUUUAAAUUACAAAUACAUCGCUAAAUGUACAUAAAAGAAAAUCAUCGACGAUCAAAGUUUCGAACAAUUUCUGAAAUUAUAUUUAUUAUACUCUAGUGAAAAAUUUGUGCAUAUCGAAAUCAGAAUAUUACCAUGUAAUUUGAAUUAGCUAAGUCAUGUUUUUUUGUCCAGUUGAUUCAUUCUGUUCAGCUAUGUGUAUGCACUGCGCUUGGUACUUUGUGUAUAAACUUGGAAGCAAUCAGACAAUACUAGCUUCCGCAGUAGAAAUAAAAGACAGCAGAUACUUGCUUCGGAUCAAAACCCAGAAUAAUGGAACUGUGGGGUUUCAGUCUGAUACCGUAAUAGUAAUAUCCUGACAAAGCACUGACGAAUAAAUGGAAUCACGAAAUUGUUCGACCAUGAAAAGGACCAGAUUUUAACCAAAAAAAAAAAACUUUACGUUCUCACAGAAAAGGUCAAAGGUUGACUAUUCAUAGAGACCUCCUGUAGGUAUAAACAUACCGAGAAAGAUACAUGACACGCGUCAUAAUUAUCACUUUUCUACAUCGCCUGUACCAGAAUAAUGUAUUUUCCUUGCUACUAUUAUAAUAUACCUGCGAACACUGUGCGUUUGAGUGUCCCACUAACUCUGGCGAGUCAGAAAUAUACAUAUAAUUGUGUGUGAAUCGUAUUUUCGUUGAAUACGAUUUGAUAUUGCCUAAGAAUGAUACACCCAUUUGUAUGUUACACAAUGGCGUAGGGAAAAAAUUGUCGAUUAUACUUACAUGUAAAAUAAAAAGUUGUACAUAAUGGUCAGUAUAAUAUAUACACAUGUAUAGCGCAUAGACUAUAACAGUGUCUAUGUUUAUACUAUAAAUCAACAGGUUGAAUUGGUGCGAAAAAAUCUGGCGAUAACCUUGUCAAGCCAGCUUCACAAAAUUAAUACCCAAGUUCAAUAUUAUUAUGACAUACCAUCAAAUGAAUUUGUCCAUUAUUUUAUGAUUAUACUUCUUUUUUCACCGCUACCCAAAAUCCUAUAUACUUGCUGUAAUCGUACGUGUGUAUAAUUAUUGUAUGAAUUUCCUAGCAACAAGUAUGUUUGUGUAUAAAUAAAAUCUUGACCGUAUUGUAUAUCCACUCGCUGCAAUUUUAUGGUGAUUCAAUUGCAUAACAAAAUAAUAUCGAAUGGUUUUUUCUAUGGAGAUAAUAAAUAUCAGACCACCGAAAAAUCAAUGAACACAUGUAUGUAAUGACUUGAAUAAAGAUAACCAUCAAAUGUA